AUGUCUGGAAUUAUGCAUUUACCGGGCAGAACGGGCUCUGUGUGGAUAUAUCUCUUGGUCGUGCUGCUGGAUUGUUACUGGGAAGCGGUGUCUGGGCAGCUCUCUUACUCCGUCUCAGAGGAGGUCAGUCUGGGGACUGUUGUCGGAAAUAUCGCUAAAGAUCUCAACAUCAAUGUCCAGGAUUUGGAGUCCCGUAUGUUUCAGAUCGUUUCCGGAUCAAAGAGAAAAUAUUUCGAGGUAAAUCUAAAGACUGGUGUCCUCUACGUUAAUGAGAGAAUAGAUCGAGAGGAACUCUGCGGCGAUGAACCAAAAUGUUCGCUCAGUGUAGAAGCUGUUAUUAAUAACCCACUGAAACUGUACCGAAUUGAAAUUAUAAUCUUAGAUGUGAAUGAUAACUCUCCAUCAUUUCUCAGCACUUCACAGAUAAUCGACAUAACCGAGAUCACAGCAGCAGGGGCAAAAUUCCCACUGCAUCCUGCUGACGAUGCAGAUGUCGGUAAAAAUUCUGUAAAUACUUACAAACUUAGUCCAAACGAACACUUCACUCUCGACACACAUAAAGGGGAGACUUUAACACCCGAAUUAGUGCUUCAGAAAGUUUUAGACAGAGAGAAACAGUCUGUUAUUCGCCUCACUCUGACUGCAAUCGAUGGAGGAAAUCCUGCUAAAUCAGGCACGAUGGUCGUUACAAUUAAUGUUUUGGAUACUAAUGAUAACACACCCGUUUUUAGUCAAAAUCUAUACAAAGCUAGUGUUCACGAAAAUGUAAAGAUAGGCACAUCAAUAAUAACACUAAACGCUACGGAUUUAGAUGCGGGCUCAAAUGGACAAGUGUUAUUUUAUUUCAGUAAAGCUGGCCGAGGAAAACAAACAGAUCUGUUCGAUAUAGAUGAAAAAACUGGGACUGUAACAAAUAAAAAGAACAUCGACUUUGAAGAGAAUAAUGCUUUUGAGAUUCGAGUACAAGCCAGUGACGGAGCUUCUUCUCCUCUCACUUCACAUGCUAAACUAUUGAUUGAAGUUUUAGACGUCAAUGACAAUGCGCCUGAAAUUUCAGUCACAUCGCUGUCAAACACCGUGAGAGAGGACGCGUCCAUUGGCACAGCGAUUGCUCUUGUUUCAGUACUUGAUAAAGACGGAGGUAAAAAUGGGAUGGUGAACUGUAAGAUUGCGAAUAACGUUCCUUUCAAAUUGGAUUCAAAUUAUAAGAAUUACUAUUCGCUGGUGGUGGACGGUCCUCUUGACAGAGAGACCGCGUCUCAAUACAAUAUCAGCAUCACUGCUACUGACGAGGGGAGCCCACCUCUCUCCAGCACGAGCGUUAUUACUGUGCACGUGUCAGAUGUGAAUGAUAACAAACCUAUGUUCACAGAAACUAUAAUCAAUAUAUAUGUGAAAGAAAACAGUCCAGUAGGGGCAGUUAUCAAAACAGUGACUGCAACUGAUGCUGACAUUGAUCAAAAUGGUCAGGUGAGAUAUUCAUUUUUACAAAGUAACAGUGAUUCAUUACCACUAUCUGCAAUGGUGAACAUCAACUCAGAGACUGGAGAUAUAGUCAGUCUGCAGUCUUUUAACUACGAGGAGCUAAAAACGUUUCAGUUUAAAGUUCAGGCCACAGACUCUGGUCUUCCUCCGCUCAGCAGCAACGUGACUGUCAACGUGUUUAUCCUGGAUGAGAAUGACAACAGUCCCGCCAUUCUCGCUCCCUAUUCUGAGCACGGCUCCGUUAACAGUGAGACCAUCCCCUAUUCUGCUGAAGCGGGAUACUUUGUGGCAAAGAUCAGGGCUGUAGACGCAGACUCUGGAUACAAUGCGCUGCUCUCUUAUCACCUCUCUGAGCACAAAGGAAACAACCUCUUCCGCAUUGGAACCAGCACCGGGGAGAUCAGGACUAAGAGGAGAAUGAGUGACAAUGACCUGAAGACUCACCCCUUGCUGGUCUCAGUCUCUGAUAAUGGAGAACCCUCCCUGUCAGCUACUGUGUCUAUUGAAGUGGUGGUGGUUGAGAGCACAGCUGACAUCCAGACUCAGUUCAGACAUGUGCCCAUAAAGGAGGAGAGCUUCUCUGAUUUAAACCUCUAUCUGCUGAUCGCCAUCGUGUCGGUGUCAGUCAUCUUCCUGCUCAGCCUCAUCACUUUAAUAGCUGUCAAAUGCCACAGGACAGACAGCACCUUCAGCAGGUACAGCGCCCCAAUGAUCACCACCCACCCUGACGGGAGCUGGUCUUACUCUAAAGCUACUCAGCAGUAUGACGUCUGUUUCAGCUCAGACACGCUCAAGAGUGACAUGGUGGUUUUCCCCGCCCCGUUUCCGCCUGUAGAUGCGGAGCUGAUCAGUAUAAACGGAGGAGACACGUUUACAAGAACUCAGACUUUACCUAAUAAAGAAAAGGUAAGAACAGAACAUUUAUAA